CCGCUGGCAACAAAAGUGAGUACACCCCUAAGUGAAAAUGUCCAAAUUGGGCCCAAUUAGACAUUUUCUCUCCCUGAUGUCAUGUGACUUGUUAGUGUUACAAGGUCUCAGGUGUGAAUGGGGAGCAGGUGUGUUAAAUUUGGUGUCAUAGCUCUCACUCUCCCUCAUACUGGUCACUGGAAGUUCAACAUGGCACCUCAUGGCAAAGAACUCUCUGAGGAUCUGAAAAAAAGAAUUGUUGCUCUACAUAAAGAUGUCCUAGGCUAUAAGAAGAUUUCCAAGACCUUGACACUGAGCUGCAGCACGGUGGCCAAGACCAUACAGCGGUUUAACAGGACAGGUUCCACUCAGAACAGGCCUCGCCAUGGUCGACCAAAGAAGUUGAGUGCUUCUCAGCAUCCAGAGGUUGUCUUUGGGAAAUAGACGUAUGAGUGCUGCCAGCAUUGCUGCAGAGGUUGAAGGGGUGGGGGGUCAGCCUGUCAGUUUGCUGAAGACAAGCAGACUAAGGACAUGGAUUACUGGAACCAUGUCCUGUGGUCUGAUGAGACCAAGAUAAACUUAUUUGGUUCAGAUGGUGUCAAGCGUGUGUGGCGGCAACCAGGUGAGGAGUACAAAGACAAGUGUGUCUUGCCUACAGUCAAGCAUGGUGGUGGAAGUGUCAUUGUCUGGGGCCGCAUGAGUGCUGCCGGCACUGGGGAGCUACAGUUCACUGAGGGAACCAUGAAUGCCAACAUGUACUGUGACAUACUGAAGCAGAGCAUGAUCCCCUCCCUUUGGAGACUGGGCCGCAGGGCAGUAUUCCAGCAUGAUAACGACCCCAAACACACCUCCAAGACGACCACUGCCUUGCUAAAGAUGCUGAGGGUAAAGGUGAUGGACUGGCCAAGCAUGCCUCAAAACAGCAUCCUCAAACGGAAGGUGGAGGAGUACAAGGUCUCUAACAUCCACCAAUUCUGUGAUGUCGUCAUGGAGGCGUGGAAGAGGACUCCAAUGGCAAACUGUGAAGCUCUGGUGAACUCCAUGCCUAAGAGGGUUAAGGCAGUGCUGGAAAAUAAUGGUGGCCACACAAAAUAUUGACACUUUGGGCCCAGUUUGGACAUUUUCACUUAGGGGUGUACUCACUUUUGUUGCCAGUGGUUUACAGAUCAUUGGCUGUGUGUUGUUAUUUUGAGGGGAUGGCAAAUUUACACUGUUAUACAAGCUGUACACUCACUACUUUACAUUGUAGAAAAGUGUCAUUUCUUCAAUGUUGUCACAUUAAAAGAUAUAAUCAAAUAUUUACAAAAAUGUGAGGGGUGUACUCACUUUUGUGAGAUACUGUAUAUAAUCAUGCCAUAGUUUCCUAUGUACAUGUUAACUAGAGUAAGAUUACAAUAACCAGAGGUUUAGACUUCUCCCUAUUUAGACUUGGUCGAUCAACUUUAUGUUGUCCUAAACGGGUAUUUCAUAUUGAGCCUGUACACUCUAAGUACACUUAACUUAAUGCCAAAUUGUUAGCCUGUACUAACCUGGUUGCAGAAUUGCUCUAACAAGGACAAUAAUUUCAGAAUAAUUCAGAAUAUAAUCAAGUCUAAUUUACUUUACCAGGUAUGAAAACAUCAAAAUCCAAUACUACUAUUGAUAAUAAUAAGAAAGAAUUACAUGCAACAUUACAUUCCAAUCAAAUCCAAAACUUAAUAAUACAACAUAAGAGAGACAACACUUAGAUACCUGGUAGAGAAAAAACUACACACAGUGAUCGUGUGGGAGAUCUGUCUACAGAUUCCCAGAAUCUUUGGCCAGCUCUCCCCUAAAUACCCAGAUGCUCUGUGGGUCCACCAAAAGGUGCUGUUUGUGAUUAUAAUUUGAUGUCUGUGGAAGGAUGUACCUAAUUUACAUACAGGAGGUAAUUUGAGUGAGGGACCUUGUGAGGGUAUGCAUUUAACAGCAUGUACUAUUUUUAUUUAAACUGCUGUUGAGGGAAUGAGACCAUAUUUUCCAGUCACACUGAGACCUUUUGUAAAAUACUGUAUAGGUGACAUCUUAUGUAAUGUAUAUAGACCUUGGGUGUGUUUAGGGUGAUCUUGACACAGAGAAAGAAGAGUGUGAGGAGAGGUAGGAGGAAACAGUGUAGUGACAAUUUCCUGGUCUCUUCUCAGCAUGAUGUACUAUCUCAGGUGUGGAUGCUAAUUCUGUGGGAGAAAGAUUGAGUAUUUGUUCUCGAAGUAGUCCUUUGUCCUCAGAGAGUGGUUCUCUCUAGGUUCAGACAUCUUGGCACCAGCCUUACAUUCUCUCAAUCAUCCAUUCACUGGUGAAAUGGCUUGGAAUCACUUCAAUAUAAUUUUUGACAUACUGAAAUGGUGUAUUAUACAAAAACUGUGGUGUUUUUAAACAUUCUUUUUGAUCUUUCCUAAAUUGUUUGAUACCAAUACCAUCUGAUUGUGUAAGACACAACGCUUUAGUCACGACUCAUAAAUGUUUUAACUGUAUAUGGUUUAGGUUGGUAAUAAAUUGAGACUUGAUCCACUGACCUUUUCACGUAUAAAUAACAGACCUUUUUUGCACUCAGAUUUCAUUUAACACUGGUGAGAGAAAGGGAACAGACAUAAGGCAGAUUUUACUGGCAAGAAAAGACAAAUUGAGGAGUAGUUCAGAAAGUACAUACUACUUUACUUUUCUAAGGCAUUCAUUGCACUAUUCAUCCCAUAAAGUUGAACAGCAUUUUAUGAAUUAUAUCAUUUAGAGUGUUGUGUUCCUACAGCAGAGAGGUUUACUGAAGUACGCAUCUGCAUUACACGUACCAGUUAAUCUGGGCGAACUGAAAAAGCUGACCUCCCUGAAAGUUAAUGUAUAAUUCACACACUGACUAGAGGAGAGAAUCAGUAGAGUAACAAGAUGUUAAAUGUUAAGUUGUUCCUCACUGUUAUGAAUUAAAAAGUGUCUAAUUAUUUGUUAUAGCUGUUCUCAUUUAUAAGCCAAUUAACUUUUGUUGAUUAAUUUAUAUGAAUCAUUUACUAUUAAAAUAUUAAGGAUUUGUUUUAGCCUUUUUGUGUGUUUUUACAAAAAGAAUUUUCCAUGUUAACAGUAGGUAUUUAAAGUCUUAUUUCAUUAAAUUAGUAGUUUCAGGUUUUCAAAUGCUGAAAUUCUGAUUGAUUGCUUCUCAUCAGCAAUGAAACAGGUGUGUCACCUUUAUCAGUAAGCCUUGCAUAUCAGGGAUUAUCUUUGUUUUUGUCUGCAGAUUAAAUAUUAAUGUUUUUGUAGUAGCUUGUAGUUCCACUUCCCAAUAUUUCCCCAUCUGUGCAAUUCCCUUUCCCUUACAUGUCAUCAUGUAUAUCCCGCAUCACUUCCUAUGUCUAUCUCAGUCUCGCUAUCCAUCUCUCACUCUGUGGAGGCCUGGUGGUGUCCCCCUCACACCCAGCAGGAAUCAGCAGGCAAGUAUAAUUCUGUUAUGUAACCAUUGACUUUACUACAACAUGGACCACAGUGGGGGGUGUUUGCCACUUGCAUAAGGACUCUUGCCAGUUCGGGGACAGAUAACACUGCAGGAUAUUUUGGAGCAUGUUGUACCAAGUCUAUUUGUGGUUUUAUGAAAACAUCUCCACCGGGAAAAGCUCAAAAAGGGAAACCCAAGCAGGACAGUUCCUAUAACUACUUUCAAACACAACAUAAGGACCAUCAUCACACUUAACUCCCCAGUUCCUAUGACACUGAGGAAUGGAAUCAUGGGAAUUCAGGUGGAAAAACAGCACCCACACACCACGGUGAUAGAAAUAGUGCGUCUCAGUGGUGUUCAUCACUUGAUCAACAAAACGGCUGCCACAUGAGGGACAGACUAAAGGGAUCUUGCCAUAAAAAGUAGAACUAGGGCUGUCACCAAAUGUAGACCACUAAUAUGGUGAUAUUGAUCAUAUCAGUGUAAAGAUAUCAAUCUAGCAGACACCAUUAACCAAAGAGAGACAAGUACAAGCCAAGCAUACAAUGAAAGCCAACUUUAAUAGAAAGUGCUUUAUGAAUGUUUUCUUUUUCAUGAACAAUGCAAUGAUGCCCAUCGAUGUACAAUAAGAAGCAAAGAAUUACAGUAUUUUGUAGAGCAAACCAUCAUGUAUCAUACAAAGAUGGAGGGGUAUUGCUUACAAAGGUGUCAUGGAGGAGAGUCCAGGGAGAUGCAUGCACAUGCGGAACACACCAGGGAAACAGACUCAAGCAAUAGGAAACGCAAGGGAACCAGGACAACCAGAAACUCAGAAGACAAGGACACGCUAAACAUGAACAAAAACAAACGUGAGACCCACAAACAUAACCUGUCUUGAAGCAAUGCUCCAGCAACUAAGGAGAAAAAACCAGGGAACUUAAAUGGAGCACUAAUCAAGCAGGGAAAAUAACAAACACAUGAGUAUGGUUAGACAGGAAAUGAGGGAGACAACAGAAGAAGUUCUGCAAGUACAGUCAGGGUACCCUCUAGUGGCCAAAGGUGGAAUUGUCCCUCAUGGGCAUGACAAAAGGUCUUACUAAACUAACAUGACUGAUGAAUGAGGGCACACGGUGGGUUAGUGGUUAUCAUGUUUGCCUCACACCUCCAGGGUUGGGGGUUCGAUUCCCACUGUGUGUGUAGUUUGUGGAAACCCCUGUGCUGUGGGGGUUUCCUCCGGGUACUCUGGAUUCCUCCCCCAGUCCAAAGACAUGCAUGGUAGGCUGAUUGGUGUGUCCGUAGUGCAUGAAAGGGUGCAUGUGAUUGUGCCCUGUGAUGGUUUGGCACCCUGUCCAGGGUGUACCCUGCCUUGUACCUGAUGCUCCCUGGUAUCCCAGCUAACCUAGUUAGCGAUCUACAAUGGUGAUGAAAGAUUAAGUUUUGUGAGAUGAUCUGUUUGUGCAGGGUGUACAGAUGAAGAGGUGAGAGAGCUGGAUUAUAGCAUUCUCUUUAAACAGAGAUAAAGCAAGGGUUAAUCCCAUUGUCACCACUAUCAGCAAGUAGUUAAAUGUCAUUAAUAACCAAAUUAACAAAAGAGACUAAAGUAAAGAAAUAGAUCACUGUUGAGAAAAGAAGUUUAAACCAAAAAAAGGCAACUUAGAAGUUAAUCAUAAAAUAAAUAUCACAUAUUGUAAAUCAGUGAAAAGAUGAACCAUGAAAUUAAGUCGAUUUGGAUUUUAUAAAGUUAGUUACUACCCAUUUUAUAUUAGAUGUAGAAUGAAUUUACACAUAAGUAGUUCAUAGAAGAAUUAUGUUAGCUACUAAUAAAAUAACAUUAAUUCAGCCCAUUGUGAAUGAAAAUAAAACUGCAUGAAGAUUUAACAUUAUUGGCUUACUGGUUUUCCUCUCUACUGAUUUUUCCAAUAUUUCUAGAUAGAAAUAAUCAUAUCAUCACAUAAGUGUCAUCACAAACUCUUCCGUGCUCAUGUUACAUGUUUUGAUUUGCAAACGGUUAUAACAUUACAAUAAAUAUGCUGAUAUGCUGAUAUGACGUCGCCUGGUGACUUCUAGCCACUUUUUCUGCAUGCAUUAGAUACUCUCUCCUGUUAAGAACAAUAGCAACACUGUGCCCAUAGUACAUAUUACCGCUCAUAUGGCUCAUGGGGCACAUAGUCAGACUAGUCAUACACUAAUAGUACAGCACUGAUCAUACAGCGAGACAGUACACACUACGAUAACUGGAUUGACCUUAAACACACUCGCGCGCGCACAUUGGAUUUUAUAAAGUUAGUUACUACCCAUUUUAUAUUAGAUGUAGAAUGAAUUUACACAUAAGUAGUUCAUAGAAGAAUUAUGUUAGCUACUAAUAAAAUAACAUUAAUUCAGCCCAUUGUGAAUGAAAAUAAAACUGCAUGAAGAUUUAACAUUAUUGGCUUACUGGUUUUCCUCUCUACUGAUUUUUCCAAUAGUCACUACUUAUAUAAGUCCAACUUAAUCACUUUUUAACCAGGAAUGUUGAAGGUCUUCAUAUACUUUCUGCAUAACAAAAUUUGCAAGGGUUAGAGGCUCACAUACUCUGUGGUUUUGUUUUGGCUGUCGUGUAACGAAUACUCCAAUCACAGGCUUUGUCACGCAGCAUGUUUUUCCACACAGUUCGCCCAGCUGCCAUGUGCGCAACAUGCCGAUUGAAGCCUCCGCACAAUGUCUGUGGUUGUUUGUUUUCUCUGCAAUUAUAUCAUAUUGUUCUCCAAAGCCACACAAAUGUUUCCACAAGAAGUACGGCCUUUAGCCACUCACAUCAUUGGCACUGCAAAUCACAUUUGGCUACACAGUGAGAGGUAAUGUGCUAGAUGUAAUUGAAAACCACUCAUUGGAGGAUAAAUUUGAAUAUAAAUGAAAUAAACAUGUCAGAUGACUUUAUAUAAUUGAUAUGAACUAUUAGCUAUAAACCAUAAACUAUUAGGCAUUUUGUGUUUUAUCAGCCUCAUAUAUGCUUUUCAAUACAUUUUACAUUUCUAAAUGUUUUCUGUGGAAAAAAUACCAUUGUUCCCAAAACCAAUCACUGAUCACCAUCUUUUCCAACAACCAAUCACUGAUCCCCAUUGUUUCUGACAACCAAUCAAUGAUCACCAUUGUUCCCAACAAUCAAUCACUGAUCACCAUUGUUUCCAACAACCAAUCAAUGAUCACCAUUGUUCCCCCAAUCACUGAUCCCCAUUGUUCCAAAAACCAAUCACUGAUCACCAUUGUUCCCCAAAAACCAAUCAGUGGUCACCAAUGUUCCCAACAACCUAUCACUGGUCACCAUUAUUUGUUCCAGCCACACACUUUUUGGUUCUUCAGUUUAAACUAUAUUCUUGUUUAUAUUUCCAAGUAAUUAAAAGCAAGGCAUUCCUUCCAGAAUGUUUUUCCCUUCAUGUCUAUUUCCUGAAAUCUCACCACCACAGCUUCUUUUGUCCACAUUCUAGAUAGAAAUAAUCAUAUCAUCACAUAAGUGUCAUCACAAACUCUUCCGUGCUCAUGUUACAUGUUUUGAUUUGCAAACGGUUAUAACAUUACAAUAAAUAUGCUGAUAUGCUGAUAUGACGUCGCCUGGUGACUUCUAGCCACUUUUUCUGCAUGCAUUAGAUACUCUCUCCUGUUAAGAACAAUAGCAACACUGUGCCCAUAGUACAUAUUACCGCUCAUAGGGCUCAUGGGGCACAUAGUCAGACUAGUCAUACACUAAUAGUACAGCACUGAUCAUACAGCGAGACAGUACACACUACGAUAACUGGAUUGACCUUAAACACACUCGCGCGCGCACAUACGCGUGCGCACAACAUCGCACUAAAAGCACUGACAGCCAGUGCACAGAGGGGGCGUGGUUUCCCCAUGCUCUGAGUGAGAUUGCAGCUCUGCUUACUGUGCCAAUAAAGAAGACAGGAGGUGGGAGGCAUGGCCGACCAUCCGCUACAACUGCUUCUCCGGACUCUGACCUAUAUGCAAUAAUGCACAGGCAUUGCGAGGCAAACAGGACAUCUCCAGGUUGCACAGCUGCGCUUUCAGGCUGGAAACAAGGGACAAACUCUGUCACCCCCAAAAAGCUCAUCCAGACAUCUGUUGCCACCCAGUUUAGCGCCAAGACAUCUUACUCUGAACGUCUAUGGUGACACCAUUUGAACGAAGAGGAGCUUUUGAUGUUUAUUCAGUCCAAGGACACCAAUACCAAGAAAAACCUCUAUGAAGGAGUGAUUCUGAUAUUCCACAUUAUAUGCAAAUUACAAAAGACAGAAGAGGAGCAGCUUUUACAAUCAUGAUCGAAAGUAGUUUACCAUAGCAUCACUUUUCAUCAUGAAUUAAAGUUGAUCAGUCAUUCCAGGAUCACUGAAUUUCCAUAGCUAGUGCUUAGAGGUCCCAGAAAACUAUGUUCUUCAUUGGCCAUAUAGUGUCUGUAAUGAAUCUACUUUAUCUAAGGUUUAUGAGGUAGUCUCCAGGUGUGGCAUUCUAGCAGAGACCCUUUCCACAUUUUAUGGAGGUCUCACAUAGACAGCUGAACACUGGGGAGCAGUCAGGAGGUCAAGAACACCUUCAUGAACCUCAAUAUGAGUCUGGUCUCAAUAACCCAAAACCAACCACAGCUCGCUCCCAGCAGCAGCAUGGACCCUCUCAUCCCAGACAGACAAAAAGACUUCGUCAUGAGAGAAAGCGGCUCCGGCUUCAGAAAAGAAAUGUUCAGGAAGCAGAAACUCUUGAGGGGGGCAAGUCAGAAUGGGCUUCUAGAAGUUCUGAAGAUAUGGACAUUUCUGAUAAAUGCCCUGAGACUUCAACUUCAUCAGUGUCAAUGCAACUUUCCAUGGAGGCCCAAGAAAGCACACCAAAACAAAAACGCGAGCGUAAACCUCAAAAGCCAGGAAAGUAUGUUUGCACCUACUGUGGCCGGGCAUGUGCCAAGCCGAGUGUACUACAGAAACACAUACGUUCCCACACUGGAGAAAGGCCUUACCCUUGUGCACCAUGUGGUUUUUCCUUUAAGACUAAGAGUAACCUUUAUAAGCACCGUAAGUCACACACACAUAAGGUAAAAGCUGGUAUGGCCUCAGGUAGACAAGGGCCUGGCAUGAGUUGUCAUGAUGAGCCAGUUACAGAAUCAGACGAAGACACUGGUCAGCUGUCUUCAUCUAUUACUCUUAAAAAUCAAGAGAUGGUAUCCUCUCCAAGAAAUUCUUGCACAGAAAUAGCCCCCGAAGGGCAGUCACAGGGAUUAGAAUACUCUCAUGCGGUCAAAAAGAGGCUAGCUAUGCGGCUUAGCAAAGGACGACGAGCUCCUUUGGGCUCAUCUGAUGAGACCUCCUCAUCAUUUGGGCUAGGGAGCAAAGGCAGCACAGAAUCAGGCUAUUUCUCUCGCUCUGAGAGCACUGAAGUCUCUCAAGACAGUCUGCCAAACACAAGUGCCAAAAGUUAUGCAGAGGUUAUUCUUGGAAAAUUUGGUCGUCUUGGCCAUUUACAGAGAACAGUUCGUCAACAGGAUGAACACUCUGCAGAACAAGAGGGGAGGAGCAUCCCUUUCUCUGUGCCUAAAAAGCAUGUGAUCGAUCACAUCACCAAACUCAUCACCAUCAAUGAAGCUGUUGUAGACACGAGCAAGAUUGAUAGUGUCAAACCCAGAAGGUUUUCUCUUUCUAGGAGGAGCAGCAUUGAGUCAUCUCUUUCUAAAGAUACAAUUCUUCGUAGAGCAAAAGAGAUAGACAUUAGUUCAAAAAGCAGUGGGUCCAUCACUCUUGGUGUCCCUUGUGAGAAAUUUCAACAGCACUCCAGUGUCAGUCAACCAGCUAAUGCUUUGUCAGCUGGUCCUCUUUUAAGAAGUCACUCAUUACCCUCAAAUGCAAGCAUUGAAUCCACUGCUGCCUCAAAAAACUUUCGUCACAGCCAAUCAUUUGAUGAACAACCAGCUCAGAACAGGCGGCAUGGAAUGCUAAGGCGCCAGCCUGCAAUUGAAUUACCCAUUGGUGCUGAAAUUACUACUGAGGAACAGCCCUGUUCCAGCUCACCAUUUCAUUCCUCAGUUUCCAUGGUGUCUGAAUCUAAGCAAAAACAGCUAGAACCAUUUGAGUGUGAAGCAUGUGGAGUUGCUUGCAACAACUGGGAAAAAUAUAAAACACAUAAGAACCACCACUGCCCUGCCCAGCCAUCUCACCCACUUGAAAUUCCUGCAUGUCAAGCUGAAGAGCAUGGGACAAUUCAUAAAACUCGAAUUGGUGGGUUAGCAGUGCGGAAAAGGAGAAAGGAAGAGAGUCUAGAACUUGACGAUCCUGCCUUACCGUCAGCUGCCUUGUCAUCUACCUUUACAACAUCACAAGGAUAUAUUGCAACAUGUGUAAAGCCCACCGUAGAAGCUGUUGUGUCAAUGCAGGCACACGAGAAGGAGAACACUCUAAAAGGAGUAUCAGUAAUACAACACACUAGUUUAUUUAACAAACAAGAACCUUCGACUCACACUUACUUAAAGGAACAGACAACAAAGCCAAACUUCCGUAAGCUUGUUCGCCAACACAAUGUUCAAAUACCAGAAAUUCGAGUAACAGAAGAAACAAAUAUUAACAUGACAGUGCCACUCCAUCAAGAUGCAUCUGAAUAUAAAGAGCCAAAAAAAGUUGAAGAUUUCCAAUGGCCCCAAAGAAGUUCAUCACUGGCCCAGCUUCCCAUUGAGAAGUUGCCACCAAAAAAGAAAAGACUUCGUCUUGCAGAGGCAACCCAGUCCUCUGGAGACUCAAGUUUUGAAUCACUAUCUGUACCUCAUAGUCCAGAUACUCACCGAUAUAGUCAUUCCACAUCACUUGAGGAAUCUGUCAAAAGUGAUGUUGACACAAUGUCUAGAAGGUCAAGAGCUGCUCAUACAUUAACAAUCUCAAGUACUCACCACCCUCACAGAGAAAUGCAACGGUCUGCAUCUGAGCAAGCACCACACAUACCUCAGCAGACAAGCCCCAUUGUUGAGACCAGAAGUAGGUCCUUUGAUUACAGCUGUUUAUCCCCUGAUCGAACACCUGCAGGUUGGAGGGAAAGGCGCAAAUGCCUCUUGAUUAAACAUUCCGCUGUAAGAGAGCCAGAGGAAGAAGAUACACCACCAAAACCAAUUCUUAGUGUUAAUCCUCCAUCUCCAAGUGCAAGCAUUUCCCCUCGACACAGCCCGGACACAUCUCAUUCCUCUGUGCCUUCUUCAUUCCGUAAUGUGUCUUUAAGCAAUACAGUGUGCCCCUCAUUCUCUCAUAAACCUGUUAUACCUUUAACCGCAGUGACUCAUACAGAUGAUCAUACAGUCAUGGAAAAUCUGCACUGCCUGUCAGGUGCUGCAAGAGCUCAUUACUACUCAGUGUCCUCAGGUCUUAAGCUUGAGAUCCCCAUAGAGGAUGAUGUUGGGCAGUCAAAUGCCAGUUAUCAUCAUUACCAUCCCCAUCUUGAUAUUACUCCAAGCCAAGAGCUUUUGAGACCUCCUGGGAUGCAGAGAGUGCCUGUUCGCCUUUGUUCAGACUUACCUUCCAAUGCCAAUUCUGUUUACACUACUCUGUCACAGAAAAUUGUUGCACCAUCUCAGGAUCCUGGCUGCUCUGGUUUAAGAGUAGAAUCUAUAGGAUCUAGCUUUGAUUUCAGAGAUCAACCACCAGCAGCUGAGGGAUCCAAAUCCCCCAGUGCAGGGGGAAACAAAAGGGUGCUGUCCCCAACAAGCAGUGUGGAACUCACCCCUGAUAGUCAACAACAGAAACGGGUGAAGGAACAGGAGGAGGACACAGACAAUGCAAAGAGCAAUACGAGUAGUUUAAUUUCUAGCACAAAAUCAGACUCUCAGUUGUGUAGUAAAAGUAUUGGGGUCCCCAGAAACAAAGAAGAGACUUCAUAUACUUCUCUUGACACAAAUCUUGCAAUGAGCUGGUGCUAUCUAAACUAUGUCAAACCCAAUCCAUGUGUCCAAGAUGACAACCAGAACUCAGUCUAUUCUACUUGGUGCAUAAGCACUCGGAAUCCAAACCCUCCAGGGUUAACAAGCAAAGAUGUACUCUCCCUAGUGUACUGCAAGCAAAGACGUACUUCUUUCACUUACACUACAGCAGCAAUGCCUCCCUCUACAGUAGGAAAACCUGCAGCACCUGACACCAGGGAUCGCAAGGAGGCUGAGGUACAUGCCAUACAGCCCAUAGACCCCACAGAGAUCCAGAAAGCUGAGCUGAGAAAGACAGAAGAGACACCAAAGGAAGAGGGAGAAGAGGAAGCACAGUCUACCUCCAAAUACAAUGAGAUCCUCCGGGUACAAAUCUGUGAAGGAGGUUACAGGUCGAGUGAGGAGUAUGUGUAUGUGCGGGGACGUGGGAGAGGCCGUUACGUGUGUGAGGAGUGUGGGAUCCGCUGUAAAAAGCCCAGCAUGCUGCGGAAACACAUCAGACUGCACACUGAUGCUCGGCCCUACAUCUGCCAGCACUGCAACUUCGCUUUCAAAACCAAAGGGAAUCUAACCAAACAUAUGAAGUCAAAGGCUCAUGGGAAGCGUUGUCCUGAGGGGACCACUCCUGGACCUGUGCUGAGUGAGCCAGACACAGAAGAAGGAGGUGGUGCUGAGGAAAGUUUAAUUGUGCCAGAGGUCACUGAGGAGCACCAGUUCUCAGAUGCUGAGGACACGGAUGAAGAAGAAGACAACAAUGAUCAAGCUGACGAGGAGACAUCGCAAUCCUCUACCUCAUCCCUGAGGAUAUCUGUCUGUAAUGAAGUUCCAGGAUGUCAGUUAGAUUCAGAUCCUGCAGCCUUGGUGAAGACAAAUGAGUCCAGACAGCUGAGUCCAAACACAUCUUCAUAUGUCGAGACUACCACUGCAGCCAGGUCCUAUUCUCCCAUAUGCAGUCUUUCUCCUGGCCUUCAGUUAUCCCCUGUUCAUCCAUGCUCCCCACGACGGGACAUGUCCCCUUUACGCUGUCUCUCUCCCCGGCUUAGCCUCUCUCCAUCUCCCUGCCAGUCCUCUCUUUCCCCAUCUACCCAACCUGUCUCACCUUUCUCGCUAAGACACCUGUCCCCGGUUCGAGCCAUUUCUCCCAUAUGUCCAGUGUCUCCAAGCACUUCACAGAACUCCAGUUUCGGGGUCAGCACCUGCAGACACAAAGAUUUAACAAAGUCUUCAACCAAUACAGUCAAUUCCAAGGGCAAGCUGGAGAAGACGAGUAGAGCUCAGAGAAGAGAGCAUCAGGCCGAGCUGCUCUUCUUCAGGCAUGGGAAGGCCAGGGAAGGCCAACGAGUGCUCAGUCACCUGCCUCUGCAUUCCCAACCUCAGACUCCAAGCUCUAGCCUCAGCCUCAUGAUCCCCAUAGGGGGAAUCCAGAUGGUUCAGAUUCCUACAAUCAGCUCAGGUCUGCACAUGCACCGGUCAAAACUGAACCCCAGCACGACCCAGACAGCCUUAGAUAAGCUGGGCAAGGAGGAAAAAACAAGUAAAUCAAAUGACUUAAUACAAUAUGGGUCUGCCCCUGGAGGACAAAACCAGGAAACUGAAGAACCUGAUGAUAAAAAAAGUGACGCUCUGGGUGCACCCUUGACAACCUGGAAGUGUAUAUCUCAAAGAAAAGAGAGAAAGCGUCAGGAAAGAAAGCCCACACACAUCCACAAAAGCACUACAAUCAAGCAUACCACACAGACGUCUACAGAUAGUGACAUGACACCCAAGAGCACUUGGAAGGAAAAGGCUUCUAAAGUAUCAGAGAGAUCUCUUGCCAAGAGAAGACUCUAAUUCUUUCAGUGUCUGGGCUGGACCAAACCAAGAUGAACCAAGAUGGACGGAAUCAUCGAGCAUCUCAACAUAACAUCUUACCACCAACAUAGUACACAUAGGAAACCUGACCAUUUAGAAAACAAGAUUCAGUGUAAUUGUGUAGAUAUGUAGAUGCAGCAUAUAUCUGUAUGUAUAUUGUUCUCUAUCUGUAUUCUAGACUCAUUUCUAUCUAUAAUUUAUAUACACUGUAAAAAUGAAAAAAAGGUAUGAUUUAUAUUGAUUUAUAUAUGACCUUGUAUGGCUUUGGAGUUUGUAUUUUAUGUGUUUGUAUCAUUUCUAUAUGCAGUUUCUCACUAGAAUAUGAAACUCAGCUAAAUGGUUGUGUCCAUCCAACAUUUUUGAUAUACAUUGUAAGCACGGUAGACUCCAUACACACACACGGUAUUUCUCAAAUAACCAAAACCACUCAACUUGUCAGUAUACUUUUAAAAAAUAAUUUUAAUUAGUAGUAUUGCUGGGUUACAUAUGAGAAGAGGUCUGUAUAGUAUUUUCUUACAGUGCUGUAUUUGAAUAUGGAAAGUUCUUUCCCAUGUAUUCUGUUAAUCAAUCAAUGGCAGAAAAGCUUUUAGUAACAUGAAAUGAGGUAAUAAGAUUAUAUGCAUAUACUAUAAAUAUUUAAAGCGUAUAGCAUGGGUUUAUUGUCAGCUGUGUUUUCUUUCUUUUUUUCCUGUUUGAUUAGAGAAAAUAUGCAGAUAAUGUAUCCUCUGACAUGUUUACCUUUCUCAUUGUCAGCAGAGCUAUGAUUGUAUUUAAGCAGAGAUUAACUGACUGGGCUACUCCUUUUUUUUUUUUUUUUUUUUUUUUUUUGGCUGAUGGUGUUAUGUGAACUUUAUAGCACCAAUGAGUGCCUCUAUGAAGAGCUGUACAAAAUACCUGCAGUUUAAAGUAGCUCAUGUCACUUAUACACACACAGGCACCAGACUGACAGCUAGCUAUGCUUUUUAAAAACAAACAAACAAACAAACAAACAAACAAACAAAAACAAUAGCUCUUGAGAAUUGUUUCUAAUACAUAUGGUUUUGCAAAGAUCACUUGUGGUUGUUUAAAUCACUGACUGAUGACACAUGACUGAUAACUUUUUCGAUUUAAUAUCUCAUCAUGUAGCUAGCCUGGAUGAAAUAUUGGGUGCCUAUAAACAGCAGCAUUACUGGCAAAAUUGGUAAGCAAUAAAACCAUUUCAAAAAUAUGUAUUAAAUUGGGUACUGUCUGAAAUGUUCAAUAUUCCAUUAUUACUCAAAAUGAAAUAAAAUAAAAUAUAUAUAUAUGAGAAUUAACAAAUUCUGUGUGUUU